AUGUGGGGGCAGCCGAAAGAGGCCCUGCUGGGCUCCCUCCAGAGGCUCAGGGCCUUCUGGAGCGAGAAUGGGCUGCUGACCCUCUCAGUCCUCUCCGUGGUGACCGGCUGCCUGGUGGGCUUCCUCCUCCGCUUGCUGGAACUCUCCCAUCUGGAGAAGCAAUAUUUCUCCUUCCCCGGAGAACUCCUGAUGAGGAUGCUGAAGAUGCUAAUUUUGCCGCUCAUCACCUCCAGCCUGAUGUCUGGCUUGGCCACCAUGGACUCCCAGAUCUGCGGGAAGAUGGGCCUCCUGACCAUCACCUACUACCUCUGGACCACCUUCAUGGCGGUCACCACGGGCAUCGUGCUGGUCAUCAUCAUCCACCCAGGCGCCGCUGCCCAGAAGGAGGAGCACUUGGUGGGCAAAGUGGUGCUCAGCUCAGCCGACGCCCUGCUGGACCUCAUCAGAAAUAUGUUCCCUUCCAACCUGGUGGAGGCUUCCUUCCAGCAGUAUCGGAGUGUUCUUGUCCCCGUGGUGAAAUCCCCCGGGAUCCCGAAGAAGGCCAGCUCGUCUUUCAGCUUCAUUUACUUGGUGCCUGAUCCCGGGAACCCAGAGAUCCAGCGUCCUGUCCUGCUGGAGAUCACUCCCUCCCCGGAAAUGAUCUACGAGGCCCUCCCUGGGAGCAACAACGAAAUGAACGUCUUGGGCAUCGUCCUCUUCUCGGCCACGGUCGGCCUCCUCCUGGGGAAGAUGGGGGAGCGUGGGGCUCCCCUGGUCAAUGUGUGCCAGUGCCUGAACGAGGCCGUGAUGAAGAUCGUGGCCAUGGCGACGUGGUACUUCCCUUUCGGCAUCGUCUUCUUGAUCGCCGGGAAGAUCCUGGAGAUGGAGAACCCAGCGCUGACGGGGAAGAAGCUGGGCCUCUACGCCAUGACGGUGGUGACCGGGCUGGCCAUCCACGCCCUUUGCUUCCUGCCCCUCCUCUUCCUCCUCCUGACCCGGAAGAACCCCUUCCCCUUCAUCCGGGGGAUCCUCCAAGCCCUGCUCAUCGCCCUGGCCACCUCGUCCAGCUCGGCCACACUGCCCAUCACCCUGCGGUGUCUCCUGGAGAACAACCGGAUCGACAAGCGGAUCGUCCGGUUCAUCCUCCCAGUCGGAGCGACCAUCAACAUGGACGGGACGGCACUCUAUGAGGCGGUGGCUGCCAUCUUCAUCGCCCAGGUGAACGAGUAUGACCUCGACCUGGGGCAGCUCAUCACCAUCAG